UUCCGCUAAUCAGGGGUCAUCAUCAUGUCUGCGGUGUUGUGUUUCUAAUUGUCCUGCCUCAUUGUCGAUCAGCGCUACAAGUUAAAAAUUUUAACUAAGAGUUGAGUUCAUCGAAUAAUAAAAUACUUCUGGCUGUUCACACCUUCCCACGAAGACAUGUUUCACGUAUUCAGCGGGAGGAGCGUCCAGGCGUGUCGGCUCCUCGCGCCGAGGAGCGUCGUGCUCGUGGAGGCUGUUCGGGGCCGUAAGUCCCGAACCGAUCCGGUAGCCAAGUCCAAAGAGGGGCGAAUUAAAAUGCCUCCCCCCGUGGAUCCGGUGGAGAUGGUCGUCCUUAACGAGAGAUACACGGAGUACAAGCUGAUCCUGAGGGCGCUUCGUCUUGAGUUUAAACAGGAGUUGCUGCGAAAAAAGUACGAGGAGAAGACGGGCUCCCAGGCAGAGGAGAAGGCCAAGCAGGAGUCCGAGGAGCAUUGCACCCUGAUGGCCUGGAACAAUCAGGAAAACCUUCGCCUUCUUAAAGCCAGAUUGGCAAGAGUGCAUAAAGAAAAGGAAGAAGCUGGGCGCAAGAAGAUGGAAGCUGUCCUUCAACGUGAACAGGAACGGCAGGAGCUAAUCAGACAAAAAGAGGAAGAGAUUCUGCAGCUACAGGAGGACGCAAAGAACUUUAUCACCUUGGAAAACCUGGAUCAACGAAUUGAGGACGCUUUGGAUAAUCCCAAAAAUUACAACUUUGCUGUUGACAAAGAGGGUAAAGUUGUCAAAAGGACACAACUACAGUGAAAUGCCCGCUUCAUUUGUAUGUUCAUUUGUCUGAAGAUAGAGAGAAGACUGACAUACUGUUUGGUGACUAGGAUCUGAGUUCACUUCUCCAACUGUGGCUGCUUCAACCUGAGUAUGAAAAAUGGUUUAUUCCCAAAAGUUGUAAAAGCUGUUUAACCACAGUCUUUAUUUCUGCAUUCUGAAGUGUUGUACCAUCCUACCACACAAAUACUGAAGCUCGGUAAGUUCUUGUGAACAGAAGUGAAGGCAAUAAAAGAUGAGAGAAUUUUAACUGAA